AUGGCCGGUUUGUCCGUCACCUCUCUCCUCACCGCCGUUGAAUCUACCGUUACAUUGACUGCGCUGCCCACCAUCUCGCGCGAUCUGAACACGGGAGGGGCUUAUAUCUGGGUUGCGAAUGCGCUCUUUCUGCCAAGUUAUGCUGGUUUCAGUACCGCAUUCCAACCCCUUUACGGACAACUCGCCGACGUGUUCGGUCGACAAUGGCCGCUCAUCUCGGGCGUCGCCCUGUUUGCCUUGGGUAGUGGCAUCAGCGGGGGCACGAGUUCGACUGCAAUGCUCAUUGCUGGGCGCACAGUUCAAGGAGUAGGCCUUGGAGGCGUCAAUACGCUCAUCGAUAUUGUCGUCUAUGAUCUUGUUCCCCUGCGGGAACGAGCUCAAGUGACAGCCUUCAUCUUCGUAGUGUUCGCCGUGGGGUCCUCCAUUGGUCCCUUUAUUGGAGGCGCCCUCACACAGCACGUCACCUGGAGGUGGUCAUUCUAUAUCAGCCUUCCCAUCGCCGGGACCGCCAUAGUGCUCAUGGUCCUCUUUCUGCGGGUCGAGUCCAAGAAGCAAGCGACCUUUGCGGAGAAGGUGAAGCGGAUCGACUGCUUUGGAGGAACAUCUAACGCCUGGUCAAGUUGGUGUAUUAUUGUGCCGUUGGUGCUAGGUCUGGUAGGGCUGAUCGUCUUCUAUCUGGUUCAUAUGAGCCCCCGGCUCUGUCCUGAGCCAACCAUCCCCCCUCAUUUCUUUGCCAACCGCACCUCCCUCGCCGCCUUUAUAAUUAGCUUCCUGCACGGUAUGCUUAUGCACUGGGAACUGUAUUUCCUGCCCGUCUACUCCCAAGGUGUCCAACUCAGUACUCCCACCCGCUCCGGCGUGCAACUUCUCCCCACCGUGAUCGUCACCGUGCCCGCCGCCAUCAUCGCAGGCGUCCUCAUUACCAAAACCGGCCGAUACAAGCCGGUGCAAGGCCUCUUCAGCCUUCUGGACAAGUCCUCCAGCACCGGUGCCUGGGUCGGCUUCCAGUUGCUGGUGGCCAUCGGCUCGGGCUUCAUUGUCACCUCAACCUUGCCAGCCGCGCAGGCCCUGUUGGCCGAAACCGACGUCGCCGCCUCAACCGCCACCUGGGCCUUUUUUCGGGCGUUUGGCGCCGUCUGGGGAGUUGCGAUCCCUGCAGCAAUCUUCAACAACCGGUUCGCCGCGCGCAUAUGUGACUCGGGGCUGGUUCGGCAGAUACACGAGGAGGACCCCUCGCUCGCGACUCUGCUGCUGAGCGCUAGGGAUGCGUAUCAGCAAGCGUCGCGAGUCUUUGUUACACGGUUCCCGGUCGCGCUGCGGCCCACUAUUAUCAAGGCGUAUACAAAGGCCUUGCAGCGGGUGUGGCAGAUUUCCAUCGUGUUUGCAGGGGCUGGGUUCUUGGUCGCUUGGUUGGAAAAGGAGGUGGAGCUGCGGACGACGUUGGAGACGGACUACGGGCUCAAAGGUACACAGUCGGAAAAGGAGACACGCCUACCUGAUGGAGCUGUAGAGCAGGGGGUUGUCCAGCCGAAGUAG